AUCCCCCACUCGAACACUCCCCUCCAACCACUCUGAAUCAGUCAGAUAUCAACCGCGAAGACUCAGCAACCAUGGCCGACGGCAAAUAUGUGGAGGCGCAACGUCCAAGUGCAGCUACGCGCGACGAGAUCGUGACAAUCGAAAUCGGACCCGAACAUACGAAACACCUCAUUCAUAAAGCGUUGCUGAUCGAGCACUCUGAAUACUUCAAGAAAGCGUUGAACGGCCCGUGGAAAGAGGCUCAGAAUGGCGCUAUUUCGCUCGAGGAUGUCGAUUCUGGUACCUUUGACAUCUUCGUCGAUUGGCUUUACAGCCAGAAGCUUCCCGCUACGAAUCGGGAUUGGGCCUUUGGGGUUGAUGAGUCCGACAACACCAUUGUAGCACAUGCCCGUCAACUUGCAAGGAUCAAAGCGUAUACGUUUGGCGACCGCUUCUUAUGUUUGGAGUUUGCGAAAGCUGUCCGCAACAGCCUCGUCGACCACCUAGUCACACAGUCACCUUACUACGAUGUCGUCAUUCAUGCUUUUACCAACCUCCCUCCGGAAAACCCUAUCCUGAGGCUCCUGGUUGACUGCCAUUGCCACGUAUUUGAGGAAUAUAUGGACCUUGACGAAAGCGAGCAGCUGCAAAAACGGGACCAGCUUCCACAUGCAUUCUUAAUCCGAGUCAUGCUAAAGUACAGCAGGAUCUUGGCGGGUGCGUACGAGGAGCUGGAUCGGUGCGAUUAUCAUGAGCACGGUUCGGAAGAAGAGAAACAAGAGUGCAAGAAGUCGCGUCGAGAGUAA